AUGCCGUAUUCUACAGGUAGAGGAGGCGCCGGUAACUUCCACAGCGCCGGCGAAUCUCUGAAAGUUAUCUCACCUUCAAAUAGCUCCAACGAUGCCCAGAACGGUCACCCACAACCCCAACCCCACAGUAAGCAUGACAACAAGCAUUAUGUGUCUACGGGCCGAGGAGGAGCUGGCAACAUCACUACUUCUGAAGAUGCUCCGUCGCCGAAACUAGUUCCUCAAGGAAGCAAUACUCCACAGCUCCACACCAACAAAGUGACCACUGGCCGCGGAGGGUACGGCAACAUGGUCAGCAACGAUAACCCCGAGCUUACAAGAAAGCUUCAGGACGUAGAGCACCAGGUGAGUCCCAAGGAGAAUGAACUUUACACCCAAGCAUCAAACCGGUCAUUUUCUGUUGGCCGUGGUGGUUUUGGCAAUGUUAUUUCCCACACCAAAUCGGGUACCAGUCAGAGGUCAGGAGGACUGAACGACCCUCCCAAUCUCAUGGCUGUCACCAGCCGGGGAAAGAAGCGGGUGGACCACAAGAAGGGGUUUAUGCUGAAAAUCAAGGAGAUAUUUCUGUAA